UUUGACCUCCACCUGUACGAGGAGACGGGGGGAGUGUUGGAGAUCACCGUGUGGGACAAAGACACGGGGAGGAGGGACGACUUCAUCGGACGCUGUCAGUUGGACCUCUCCACCCUGACAAAGGAGCACACUCAUCACCUGGAGCUGCAGCUGGAGGAGUCCCGGGGAUACGUGGUGCUUCUGGUCACGCUGACCGCCUCGGCUCACGUCUCCAUCGCCGACCUGUCCGUCACGCCGCUGGACGACUCGCAGGAGCGCCGCGAGAUCCUCAAACGAUACGGCGUGCUGAGGUCCUUCUCCAACCUGAAGGACGUGGGCAUCGUGCAGGUGAAGGUGAUGAGAGCUGAAGGCCUCAUGGCUGCAGACGUGACGGGUAAGAGCGACCCGUUCUGCGUGCUGGAGCUGAACAACGACCGACUACAAACUCACACGGUCUACAAGAACCUGAACCCGGAGUGGAACAAAGCCUUCACUUUUAACGUGAAGGACAUCCACUCGGUGCUGGAGGUGACCGUGUUCGAUGAGGACAGAGACCGGAGCGCCGACUUCCUGGGGAAAGUGGUCAUUCCUUUAUUACACGUCCGUAACGGGGAGCAGAAGAGCUACAUGCUGAAAAAUAAAGAGCUGACAGCGCAGACUAAAGGACACAUCUACCUGGAGAUAGACGUCAUCUACAACACGGUGAGUAAACAAAGAAGGAGAGAUCAGAACUAAACCUUCAGAGUCUGU